AUGAUUGUUCGACAUGAUUACUUUGGACAUUUAGACUAUGGGCAUUUAGACUUUGGACAUUUAGACUUUGGACAUUUAGACUUUGGACAUUUAGACUUUGGACAUAUAGACUUUGGACAUUUAAACUUUGGACAUUUAGACUUUGGACAUUUAAACUUUGGACAUAUAGACUUUGGACAUUUAAACUUUGGACAUUUAGACUUUGGACAUUUAGACUUUGGACAUUUAGACUUUGGACAUUUAGACUUUGGACAUUUAGACUUUGGACAUUUAGACCUUGGACAUUUAGACUUUGGACAUUUAGACUUUGGACAUUUAGACUUUGGACAUUUAGACUUUGGACAUUUAGACUUUGGACAUUUAGACUUUGGACAUUUAGACUUUUGA